AUGAAAAUAAACCUUUUACAAUUAUUAUUAUUACUGGCUUUUUGGUUUUAUUAUAAGUUGAAUAGACCCUGGUUGGGGAAUUGUGUGGGGCGGAGGAAUUACAAAUCGUACUUCUUCCUUCUCUUUUGGAGUGUAAUGUAUUUGGCGUAUAUCAUGGCGUGUUCUUUGGCGGGACUUUUAGUUCCAAUUGAAAAGCCAUGGAGCUGGAAAGCGUUUUUGAAGUCUUGGAAAUCGCACUACUUCUUGGAGUUUGUUAUUACUAUUUAUUUAGUAUUUUAA